AUCCCGCGUAAAUUGAAUGCAUGAGCCCUAGAGCCCAUGCCCCGACUUUCGCUGCAGCCAGACCCCCAGUCGCUGCAAUAGUGGAGCCUCCCAUUUCAAGCUACCCAAUGCAGGCCCGCAAGGUCACUGCUAUCGGCUUAUCGCCACUACUCAACGUCAUAUCGAGCAAGCAAUCUGAUGUCGAGCGCACUCAACAAAACCGUCGCAACCAGCAAAGUCCGGUGGGAUGGCGAAGACGGGUCGGUGGGCUGCUCUCACAGGCCGGCACGUACAGAGACCGGGGCCCCCGCCCUUUUGCCGGCCAGAUGGCCGGCAUGAUCGGUCUCGCGCGAUGA